AUAUAUUUUAUUUGCUUGUUUAUAAUAUCUCUCGUUAUCCAGUCUGCGCUUGUUGAUAACACAGAACUAAUACGUGGAGAAUGAAAAUGUCAAUCGCCUACAGCAUGAUACUUUCAAUAAUGCUGACAACAAGACAAGUUGAACCUAGCUCUCCGUUGGAUUUUAUUAAAAAUGUUGAUAGCUACGCAAGUGUUUGUCAUAAAAUUGGCUUUAAAAGAUUGAAAGGCUGUUCUGAAAAUGACGACAAUGUAAUUGCCUUUCAUGCUGCUUUGAAAUACAAUUUGCAAGACGUGCCUGUCAACACAACAAUAAAAUUUGAAGAUGUUUUGUUGAACAAAGGAAAAGCAUAUGAUCCUAAAACAGGUAUCUUUACAUCACCUGUAGAUGGCAUCUAUUUUUUUGAGUGGACGUUCAUGUCAAAAAGAAGAGCAACGCUCUCCUUACAAGCAGUUGUUGACGGUUUGGGAAAAGCAUCUACUUGUGUGAAUGAUCAAGGAAGCUACCACGUUAGUACAUCCGGGCAUUUGCUUUUUGAACUGAAGAAGGGAAGUAAAGCAUGGAUCAGAACUUUUACAACAAAAGCGGAUUUCUUGUACGCUAAUACGUACACAUUCUUUACUGGACACAAAAUAAACUAGUAUUAAAAGCUGAGUGAAUUCAUUCCAAAUGUAAAGAAUAUAUUUUAAGGACAGAUGAUACGUUUCUCGAUAAUAUAUUAUUUUUUCCCAUUUUUUUCAUUGAAGUAUUGCUUCUAUAAAAUGAUUACUCAUAAAAAAUUGAGGUACCUUACCUGAGAUUUGUGCGAUGCUAGAGGAUAGUGUUUCGUACAAUGUAUAAAAACUCAUUUUUCUAAAUUGCUGCUUAUUGUUUCAAUUUUUCGACAAGAAUCUGGUUUUAAAAUCAAAAUGUACCUACAAUUUUGAAUAUAAUUCAAAUAAAGUAUACAAAACAGAUA